UGUGGCUCUAAUAAGAUCAAUCAUUUCUAUUGUGACACCCCACCCCUGCUCAAACUCUCUUGCUCUGACACUCACAUUAAUGGCAUUGUGAUCAUGGCCUUCUCCAGUUUCAAUGUCAUCAGUUGUGUUCUGAUUGUUUUGAUUUCUUACCUGUGCAUCCUCAUUGCCAUACUGAAGAUGCCUUCUGCAGAGGGAAGACACAAAGCCUUCUCGACCUGUGCCUCCCACCUCAUGGCUGUCACCAUCUUCUUUGGAACAAUUCUUUUCAUGUACUUGCGCCCUACCUCNAGCUACUCUAUGGAACAGGACAAAGUUGUCUCUGUGUUUUAUACAGUAGUGAUUCCAAUGCUUAAUCCUCUCAUCUAUAGUUUAAAAAAUAAAGAUGUUAAGAAAGCAGUGAAGAAAAUCUUACAUAAUUGUGUGGUUUGA